AAUAUGGAUAAAGAAAUACAGAAUGCAGGGAUUAAGAGGAAGAGAAAUAAGAAAUUGACUGAAGAGGAGAAACUUGUCAGGAAGCGGGAAAGAAAUAGACUGAAAAUGAAGAGGUAUAGAGAUAGAGUAAAAGAAAAACAUAAGAAUAGAGAUGAGGAAAUAGAUAACCUCAAAUCUCAGAUAGAAGCUUUGACCAAUGAGAAUGAAGAGCUUAAAGCCAAGAUCACAAUCCUUAAUGCUGAGAGUGUGUCGGCUAAUUGUAUUGGGCCAAACUUAUUCAAAGGUGGCAAACAAUCAGCAUUUGAGAAAAUAGAAAGUGCAAAGGAUACUUCUGUGUUAAGUCAUCCACAUUUAAGCACUAAGAGAAAUGAAAAACAAUCAUCAGUAGAGAACAUAUUUAAAAGAGAAUAUCGCUUUUGGAAAGAUACUCUUCCAGAACUUAUUGAUAAGAAUCCUGAUAAAAUCAAUUACUCUCUGAUCCAUCAGAAUAGAGACAUCGCAGAUGCUAACGGAGCUGCAAGACUAUCAUAUUUGAAGAGUCAGUUUAAGAAUAUAGUCCAGAAUGCGUUACCCUUUGGUGCACUUGCGACUCUCUUUAAUUUCGACUCAUUUGAGUUUUCUGAGUGGUCCAAAUACAAAGAAGAAUGAGAAAAGCCCAACCCAGAUUUUUCAGGAAUCAAAAUUCCUCCUGGGUUUAAAAAUCAAAACAUUUCAAAGGAAGCAGUAGAUUUCCUCAGAAAGCAUGGUAAAGAGCAUGUUGCCAUUCUGCGCGACAUCAGAGUCUUAGUGCAAUCUUUAGUGAAGAUUAGGAACAGGUUAUUGAUCAAGUUCCAAGAGUUCAUUGACUCUUUCGACAAUUCUGAUUACAGGUAUGGAAAAGUCGACCACGUUGCUGUAAAAAAGAAGUGGGAAGACUACAGACAGAAAGGAGUUGACCUGUUCACAAUCAUGAGAAUAAAGAAGAAAGACCCAGAUGCUGAGUACAGAUCAGAAGUAGAAAUGACAGAGUUUGAUGAUGAAGAUUCACCAUUGAAUCUCGAUGAUUAAUUUUAGAUGGAUAAUCACUACAGAGUCUUUCCAAUAUGUUCUUGAGUAAUUUGCACCGUUUUAUUCUUUACAUGAGAUAUUAUAAAUCAUCAAUUGCAUUU